AAUAAAGGCUUCUUGCGAUUCUUGGGACGCAAAAUAAUUUCUGUUGUUCAUACUUUUUAUGUCUACAUAUUUGAUUCUACAAUUCGGAUUUUGCGAUUUGUUACAUUAACUCAUCUUCAUAUUGCUGUAUCUUUAUAUGAAAUUUUGAAUGUGUUGCAGUGACGGUUCGUCGUUCAAGGAAAACUGAGGGGAAAUCGAAUCCACGAAUGUCGCUGAUGUCAGCAUAUGUGCGCAAUAUAUGAUGUCAGCAAUUAUACAGUGUGUCGAAGUUUUUGAAGAUAAUUACCUUCGCGGGAACGAAGAAAAGCUUAAACUUAACAGAACUAGGGGCAGUUAUUUACUGAAAAGACCAGUUGAAGAGAGAAAUUUUUUGCUAACAACUAGCUAUCUAAUGCUAUGGAAAAAAUGCAAGUGGAAAAUUGUCAGCUUGAUGCUUCAUCGCAGGAAGUGAAGUGUUUAAAAGAAGAGUUGGAAAAUUUGAGGGAAAUUAUUAAGUCAAUGAGAGCAGAAAAAAUAAAAUUGGAAAAAGAAAAUCAUUAUCUUCAAAAGCAGUUGGAGAUAUUGUCCUUAGACCAUUCCACACAUUUGUUUGAAAAUGAUCAAAAUCGAAAUGAAAGAAAACGUUUGAACAGUUUCCAGCAAAUCUUCGAAGUCAACGAUCAAUCACAGCCUACUUUAACACAUCCACCCGUAGUUUCACAUUUCCAUGGAAAUGAUAAUGUGUUAGCUAUGGCGCCACCUCAAGAUGAAAGAAUAUCGACGCAUCUUGAACAGUUUGAAAAUCCUCAGUCAAGUGCGACAACAUCUGAUUCUUGUUCAUAUUCUGUUCAAGUGGAUGACAGAACUCCUUUACUUACGACUGCACAAGAUACAUCAAAUACGAAGUCUGCUGUUGGUAUCGUCUAUAAAAUGUAUGAACUUUUAAUUCUUGCGUUAUCUCAUUCAUUAUUACAACGAGACAUAAAAAAAAUCAAGGAAUGGGCAAGUACAAACUUUUCUAUACAGAACAACCUUGGUGCGAAGGAGAUAUUUUUGAAAUUAGAAGAAAAACGGAUAAUCAACUUUGCUGACCUAAGUCAACUUUGUAAUUUUUUGAGAACAAUUCUUCGCUUCGAUUUGGUUAAUGUCAUCGAGAAUUAUGAAACUGGGAAUUACACGCAUCUCAAGAAAUUGAUUACAGAAUACAAAGCUAGACAGAAGAAAUCAUUAGACUCGGCAAGAUGGUCAGGUGAAAGAGGAACGAGGCCACGAUUGGCAAUGACUAACGGCAAUAGAACCUAUCAAGAUUUUCAAAAUAUGGCUGUACACACUCCUUCAGAGCAAACUUCAUUGCAGAGGAGCUUUCCACAAGUUUUAGGAACAAGUGCAAACAACUUUAAACGAAACGCUUUCAAUCCUAUUUUACAACCUUCAAUUUUUGACCAUUCUCGUGGUAAUGAAAGAGGAAACAACUCAACUGAUAUCAACGUAAGAAAUAGAAACGAAUCUUCCGAAUCAAGCGAACCGGUGCAUAACGUAAAUACCUCCAGUCGCUGUGUAAUUUCGUCUUCUGGUUUAAUAAAUACAGAAGGUCAGAUGCAAAAUGCUUUACAAGUAAGAAGUGCAGCAGAAAGCAACGUUGCGUCUUCUUCGAACCAACGAAGUGCUCACUCUACGUUAACUCAACAAGCGAGGAACGUAAGAUGGUUGUGUACUCAUUAUAAAAGAAGAUGUUACGUGAAAUUUCAGUGCUGCGAUAAAUAUUGGCCAUGUCAUCGUUGUCAUAACAACCAAAGUAAUUGUGGCCAAAAGAAGCUCAAGUCACGUGAUGUGAAGAUGGUCAAAUGUGCAGAAUGUGGAAAAGAACAGCAGUUUGGUGAAAGUUGUGUUUCGUGCAAUAUUCCGUUUGCUGACUAUUACUGCGGAAUAUGUAAACAUUUGACAGGAUUGGACGACAAGCCUUAUCAUUGUGACAAAUGUGGAAUUUGCAGAGUUCACGGUGAUCGAUCGUACCAUUGUGAUGUUUGUGGAAUUUGUCUUGAUGUUCAACUUCGUGGCAAUCAUGAAUGUCGCCCAAAUUCCGCUCAUGAUGCUUGCUGUAUUUGUUUGGAGGAUGCAUUUACUGGAUGUCAGAUAUUGCCAUGUUCUCAUAAAGUUCAUAAAGAAUGCGCAGCUCAGAUGCUCCAAAGAGGAAUUACUCGCUGUCCGAUUUGUCGUAAAAGUUUUGCGCACAAGCUAAAGCGCAAGAAUGACAAUAAAAGAUGAGCAAGACAUUAGCUAAUUUUGAAAAUGAAUGCAUAACUGAAAGCACUAAUCCCAAACGAUGGAAACUUGAGGAAACUUAACACUUGAAUUUUUCUCCCGAGGAAGCACAUAAUGAUAAUCUUGCUGGAAGCAUACGGCAAUGAGAAAAUAUACACGAGAAACAGUAAAAUCUUUUGAAAACACACGAUACAAAAGUUUUGGGUAGAAACGAAAUUCAUGGAUAAUUUUACAAAAGAUGUAAGUGCAUUAAAUAGAAUAAUUUAAAAAAUUGAUAUAUUUAUAUUAUAUAAAAUUAUUAAUAGCAAUUUAGCAUGAAACUUACGACUGCCGUUGGUGACAAAAAUACAAUUAAAACAAUUUAUUGGUUAUGGAUUAACAUAUAUUGAUGAAUUUGAUCACAAAAUAUCUGACAUAUAAAGAUACUUAACAUGGCAACUUAGAGAUAUUUUUGCUUAAUUGUCAUAUAUUUAUAUCUGAUAAACUUUUUAGAUUAUCUUAUGUAAAUUAGUUUUAAACUUUUUAAUUUAACCCUGAAAAGCACAUUGGAGAUUUGGUAAAGUACUGAUAAUAAUAAUGAAAACUCUAUUGAAUAUUUUUAUAUUCUUGCAAUUGCAAA